AUGAAGGUUUUGACUUUAAAUAUCUGGGGACUCAAUAAGGUCUCAAAAUUCAGGCAGCAGAGAGUGUCCGCUAUCGUCUCAUCACUUUCAAACGAUCUUGCUGAUAUCAUCUGCUUACAAGAAUUAUGGCUCGAUAGCGAUUUUGAUCUGAUUAAGAAGAAUUUGAGUCAUAUAUAUCCACACUCUGUCUACUUCUAUUCUGGGUUAGUGGGCAGUGGUUUAGCUAUCCUCUCCAAACACAAAAUUAUUGACUCUGAGUUCUUUAAAUACGAUCUGAAUGGUCCUCCUUUAGAAGUCAUCAAAGGUGACUGGUUCUCUGGUAAAGGUUUUGGCCGCGUUACGAUAAGCUCCCCAGACUUUGGAUUGGUGGAUGUCUAUACAACACACUUCCAUGCACCCUACUCUGAAUCCGACAAACAUGCACGAUUUGCGCACAGACUCUCUCAAGCCUGGCAGCUGUCCUCUCACAUUAUCAACGCUCACAACUCAGUUAUCCUCACUGGCGACAUCAAUUCCGAGCCUUUCACGCUUGUUUUCGAUCUGCUCCGUACUCAUGCCAGUCUCACUGACUGCUGGGCCGUCGCUCAGCCCACCAACGACAAAAUACCGCCCCAUUCACCCCAAGACGCAGUAUUCAGAUGCGGGUACACUGCAGAUGUAGCACUAAACUCAUUCCAUCAGCAAAGAUAUCCUGGCUACACACCUGGUGACGACUCGCCUCGAUAUGCCGGUGGAAAACGUCUAGACUAUGUCCUGCUUAAAUCUUCGGUUAUGGUCCCAACUAAGUCCGAGAUUUGCUUCAAUCAGCUUUGUCCGCCAAAUUACACACACUCUUACUCUGAUCACUUUGGUGUUGUCACCACAUUCGCACUCAAGGAAGCACCGGCUUCGCCAACCAGAUCUCGUCAUAGCGAUAAUGAGAUGUGCUACUUGGAGACGACAAGGAAGCUAAGAACGUUAUGUAGGCAUUCUGAAAAGCAGUCUGUUAAGUAUGUCUUCUUCACUGCUCUUCUCAUUGUGUUCGGCGUCGCGCUGAUAGCGGCGUCGGCUUUCCCUCCCACCUCGCACUACUCGCCGCUUUUCGUCUUCUUUGGCUUUCUCGCCGGCGCUGCUGGAGCUACGUACCUCUACGUGGGAUACAUUUACGGCAAAUUCGAAAGACAUAGCCUCAAAAAUCUCCUCGGACAGAUCGAGCGGUACAUUGAGCACAGUGCAAACUAG